ACGAGUCAUAUAACUGUUGCUCAUACAAAAAAUCAAUACCUCUAAGAUUAAUUUCAAUUGAAUUCAUUCAACAAUUCGUCUCCUAUCCUGUUUGUAACCUUGAAUUUAGAAUUCAAUGUCGGUGCUAUUCCCGAAAAAACAGUGAUAAUUGAUAUUUCUUGAAGGAAAAUUAUAGCACGUUGAAUCCUAUCCUGCAGAAGAUCUUAACAACUCGCAUGUCUGUCAGUCUCAACCUUGGGACUUGAAGAAUUCUGAUGAAUAUUUCGAUAAGAACGAAAUAUAAGGGGCUACAGUAUUAAUUAACAUUGAAAACGACGAAUUAUAUCCCAAAAAUCGAUAAGGUGCGUCUACAAAAAGCUGUGAAAGCAGCCAACGAUCUAGAAACAAUGCGAUUAAGGGUCGAGUUCACGAGUUAGAAAUGGAACACCCCCUUAGGAGUUGCUCAAGAUCAAACAACACACGAAGGUGGUUUGCAUACCACUUAAAAGGGCUAGAAUUUUCUAAAAAGAAAAGUCAUGCGCGUUUAUUCUUCGAAUGGACCGCCACUGGACAGCGGUCAGUGGUCAAUGAAGUGCUGCUGUCGCUUUGUUUGUAUUGUAAGUUCUGUGAGAAAUAAAAGUGUAAUUCGAAAACUGGUCUGACCUGGAGAAAUACGGAACAACUUUCGGGCCAAGGAUGUGAAAAAAUGAUUAAUUAAAAAGUUGUACCUAUGAAUCAGGGGUUCAAAGAAGACAAAUUCACUACCUCAAACGCUGUCAUGUCCACUCCUCCUAAAUCGUGAUGAAAAUGACUGAAGUUGCCUUGCCACUGCAAACAUCCCUUCGUGAGGAUGGAGAUGAUGAGGUAUCCUUCAAAGUGAUCAAUACCGACAACCUUCCAAUGACUGUGUUAGGAGAAAGAAUAUUCAAACCAUUUGGUUCCGACAAUCAAAGAAGAAAACCAAAUGGUAUCGUUUACCCUACCAGAAGGGUGGACCUGAGUAGCCAACAAAUCAAUCAACAGAAACAUUUGACCAAAUCUAAUGGGCAUCUCAAUAUACCGCAUAAGCCUUCAACCAACAACUCCAACUUUCGCAAGUUGAGUGCAUCUCAAGGUAAUCUAAAUAAUGCAUCCAAGAACAAAACUCAAGAUGAAUUCACGAAAAACUUGGACGCGAAACUCAAAAAGCUUCAAACGGACAGAAGAAGGAAUGAUGGCAAGAAGCCAUUCAUAACCACCGUGAAGAAAGGGCAGUUCAUUUCUCCUGAAAUAUCACCUCCACCAAGUAAAACUUCUAGAAUAGAAGAAGAAGAAAUGAAUAACAAAAAUAACAUAGUGAAGAAACAACUGUAUGCAUUUGUCAGCAAACCAAUGGUAUUGAGUAGAUCUCCUCCUCAGAAUGUUCAUAGGUCAAGAUGUGAAGCUGCUUCAAUAGCAGCAGGAGUGCCAUAUACUAAAGAAUUCCCAGAAGUGGAAACAACAGAUGGACACAGACAUAGGAAGAAACGAGAACUCAGAACUGUAUCACCUGAUAAACAAGCUAAUCAGGAGAAAGAAAUGCUAAACAAUCAAAAAAAUGAGAUGCCAAGAUGGAAUCCAUAUUUUGCAUAUGCUAAACUCUUGUCACAGGAAGAAGGCCAAGCACAAAAAACGAGGGAAGAAAUAGCAAAAAGAAGAGCAAUAGCAAGAAACAAAGCACGAAUACAGUCUCAUAAGAAAAAUGCAACAGUGACCUCAAACCAGCAAACCAGGAAUGUAAGACUGGUAGCUGCAGGAAUCCAGACCGAAAACUACCUCCAAGCAAUACUACUCAAGCCUCCUAUUGUAGACAGUGUUGUUCAAACAGAGAUCGAAUUAUUAGAUGGGUUGAUGGGUUCGAAAUUAGCAUCAGUUGAAGCACAAGACGAAGGGACUCAAAUCAUACCUGGUGAUCUCUUCAAUUUCGAAGAAGAAGUUCAACCAGUUUUGGAGGUCCUGGUUGGAGAAACUGUAGAGAGUGCCCUCAUAGAAAUUUUAGAAGAAGAGGAACUUGCAGCCUUAAAAGAACAGCAACGUCGUUUUUUGGAGAUGAGAAUGGAAGAGCAAAGAGUGGCUGGAGAAUUGUUGGAAAAGCAUUUGGUUGAUCGCUUGCAUCAGAACAAGAAAGGAGGUAACUCCAUUCUUCUGGAAAAUUAUUUAGCACAAUUGAUUCCUCCGGUAUUGGAAGAUUUACAGUCAGAAGGUAUAUUACCAGAGGAUAAAGUUUCCAAAAAUGGUUCUCUAUUACCUUGGUUGAUGGAAGAAGUGACAAUAGAACUAGGAGAUAUAUUAAGCAGUGGAGAUGUAUUGAAUGGUAUAGUUAGAGAUAUUUUGAAUAGAAGGAAAGAAAUUUGUGAAGCCAUGGGAUCAACAGAGGACCAUGAACAAAAUAGGGAUGAAAUAAAUUACUUAAAAGACGAGAAAGAAUGAAAACAGUCCAGUUUGGGAAACAGAUAAGAACCGAAAGAGAAUGAAGACAAUACGCGAAGGGAGGCUGAGAACGACACCUUGAAGCUAACAUUUUUCUUCGCACUGAACACUUCUAACUCGAAAUCAGCUAUAAUCAAUGCAUUCGUAGAUAGAACAUUUAUCUCCAGAAGAUAUUUUGUAUUUAUUUGGUUAAA